AUGUCUGAAGGAGCCAAAGAAUUGAAAAUCUUUAGGGCUAUUGCCCAAAAAUUUUUUCCUGACAACAUUGAUGAAGAUAUGGAAGUAAUUAAUUGGGUUGAUAAUGCCGAAUGGGCCAUAGAAACUGAUAGUGGAUAUGAAUUCGGUACCCAACCAAUGGAUAUUGAUGAAUUAUAUCUAGUUGAUAUUUCAAAAUAG